AUAAAUUGGUUACUCUUGGUGAGCCGACAAGGCAAAGUUCGAUUGACGAAAUGGUUCGUCACCAUCCCGCCCAAAGAAAGAGCGAAAGUCGUUAAAGAUGCCACACAAAUGGUACUGGCAAGACGAGUAAAAAUGUGUAACUUCUUGGUAUAUAAAGACCAAAAGAUCGUUUAUCGAAGAUACUCAAGUUUGUUCUUUGUUGGUGGUAUCAAUUUGUUUAACGAGUAG